GAUCUUCAUCCCCAGGAAACACCGGCAGCGCUUUGAUGAGGUGGUGUCCCAGAGUCUCAUCAGCAAGCUGUGCCGAGCCAAGAGGCAACAGCCGGCCAACCGCCUGAGACGAAGCCGCAGCGAAGACCAUCACGAGCGACUGCUGGUCUCCACCCGGGCCAGCUCGGUGCCCCGGAGCCAGGAGGAGAAUUUCCUGAGCUUGAGAAAGUCCACCACCCUGAUUGGCAGCAAUGUGGGGACGGGGGCAGCUUGCAGAACCGUCCGUGUCUACAAGGGCAGUAGAAGCUUCGGGUUUACGUUACGUGGCCAUGCCCCUGUGUGGAUCGAGUCCAUCUUGCCUGGGAGUCCAGCUGACAAAGCGUCCCUGAAAGCUGGCGACAGAAUCUUGUUCUUGAAUGGCCUGGAUAUGAGGAACUGUUCCCAUGAGAAGGUGGUCUCCAUGCUCCAAGGCAGUGGGGCAAUGCCCACCCUUGUGGUUGAAGAAGGCAUUGUUAGCUUUUCUAAUGGCGAGUCCUCGGAAGCCCCCAGCUCCUCCUCAGCCCUCACCUCCUUGCAGUGGAUCGCUGAGAUCCUGCCUUCCAGCAUCAAGAUCCAAGGAAGGACCUUCCACCAACAGCUGGAACAUCUGCUCACACCAGCAGAGCGCUACACAGUCUGCAAAGGCCUGGAGAGCUUCUUCCAGCACAGGAACAUCGACACCUUGAUUGUGGAUGUCUACCCUGUCCUGGACACGCCCUCCAAGCAGGUGAUCUGGCAGUUCAUCUACCAGCUGCUAACCUACGAGGAGCAGGCCCACUGCCAGCAGAAAAUUGCCAGGUUCCUUGGCUACAAGUCCAUGGCCAGUGGCCCAUCCGAUGCUGCUGCAGCUGAACCUGAAGUGGAAGAACAGCCACGGAGUUCCCUACGGACUGGCCCAGGGAGUCGGAAGAGUCUGCGAAGUCAUAGCCCCAAGGACGGGGAAGCCCGGGGCUCUGCUGAAGCUGCCGAGAUGCCCAGCCGUUUAGCUCCUGGAGAACGCCAAGCAGGAGAUGGAACGUCCCUUCCAGAGACCCCCAACCCCCAAAUGAUGUCGGCAGUCUAUGCCGAACUGGAAAGCCGUCUGACUGCUGGCUUAGGAGGGAAGUUGAGUUGCCUGCCUGUGUGCCGGACAUCAUCCCUGGCUUCAGAGCCUGCAGUGAAUCAGAGAACGUUAACAGCUGACCUCAAUGACCUUCAUUGCACUGUCCGUGAGAUUGAAAUCGCCUGCCAGAAUAUGAUGCCUUCAUCACCCGAGGACAGAUUUGUGCCUGUGAUGGAUGCCUUCCUGGAGAGUGCAGAUCCCACCGUCCAAUCCCUCGAUGAUCUCCAGCACAAAGCCAUGGAAGAAUUCAGGAAAGUCUUAUCCUUCUUUGGGGAAGACUCCAAAGCCACAACCUCGGAGGACUUUUUUGGCAUUUUUGCUGAGUUCAUGAGCAAAUUUGAGCGGGCCUUCAACGACGUGCAGGCCAGCGAGCCCCUGUGCAGCCCGAAGGCGAUCCCUCCACUUGCCUGGUGA